GUCAUGGAAGGACGAAUGCAAAAGCUUCUUUUCAAGGGAGUGGUUGGACACAUACUCAACACAAGAAAACGCGUUCUUUGGAUUAUUCCAGACAUCUUUGUAGCAGUACAAGACCGGCUGCAUUGAUCGACAAGAGGCCCUCGAAAUCAUUCAGUGAUACCGAUGCUAUUGGAAUCCUAAAGCAGAGAAUAGCUCGCAGGCAAAGUGAUACUAUAAACACAACAAAUAUGACUUUAGUUGGACAAAGCGUUACAAGAACUCCACAGAUACAAGUUUAUCAAAAGGACAAAACAUUUCACAGGAAAUACGGCAGCAAGAGCGAAGAGACAGGGCUUUAUGCUUCGUCAAAUAGCAUAGCGAUACAUCGGAGUUGUAUUAACAGCCCAACAAGUUCAUCUUGUUUUAGCCUUAAUGAUGACGACUGUGCUCGUUCUUUCUGCGAUUCUGUUUCUUCCGUCGCUUGCAGCAACUUUACAUUUGAAAAUGACGAUGAAAAGUGGGAAAGAAAAUUCACCUUUUCGAAUAGAUUUGGAAAUUCCAAAGCCAUUGAGACUUGGCUUCAGUGUUUAUCCAACCCAGUAUAAAUUGUAAAAUUCAAACUUCACUCUCCAUUGCCCUAUCACGGGAACUUGUUGUUCGCGCGUUUUCCUUCAGAACUGUGGCUCAAAAUUUCCAUUCCAUAAACGCAGUUGUCGGAACAAUUCAAAUGAAAUAGAAAUAGAUAUGUUGUUCAUAACUUAUUUUUGGAGUCGCUAGCAUUUCUUUACCAAAUAUUACUUAUAAACCACAGCUAGUGCGUUUUUAUACUAGUUUUAAUCCGCUAUUUUCUUGAAAAAAAAAUGCGUAACUUAUAUCUCUAACUGGAGGCGGAAACCCAAAUAAAAGUAAAUUUAGCUUUUGAAUCAUCUCAAAAGCUCAAAUGAUCAUUACAAACAGUAGCUAUAGUUUGACCAAAUUCAGCAUUGAAGCAAACAAGGUAAGGCAUAGGAUUAUCUCACCAUACAGCGUGGUUGGGAGUGUGUACUGACUUCUAGAGCUGAAUUUGGUCUUGCUAGAGUUUGACCUUGAAAGCCUAAAAUCCAAUGUGUUUGUCAACAUCGGUCUUUCUUUCUUUCUUCGUACUAAACCACUAGAAAAUUCCC